AAUCUUCUUCAUGAGGUGACACUUCCAUUUAGGAUAUCCAUUGUUUGGAGUGUCACUCAUAGCUGAGUGUCGUCUUGUGCAAUUAUGCGUGUGGAAAUACAUGCAUCAUGCACCAAAUGCUUUGAAAAUUUUCCAGAAUGUACGUUUUCUGCUUUUAGUAUUCAGUGCCACCUGCAAUGGCUUCAUGUAUUUAAGCUCUGUUUGGAGAUUGUGAAUUAAGCAUCUCCAGAUCAUGUACCAGAAACCCUGAUCUGUGGAGAAAAGCUUGCGAUGGGCACGUUCAUUGGGCACAUAGUACCUGGCUUUGCCCUCACCCUUCUUGGUUUAUGGCACACCGUCAACACUAUCAGAUCUUAUUUUCUCAAAGGCCCUAGUAACUUUAGAGUAAGGUUUUGGUACCCAUUGAACUGCCCUUUUUCCAUUAUUAAACACCUGGAACUCAUUUUCAUCUUAUCUUUCUCUGUAUUUGCAAUUAUUAUGCAAGUUCUAGACUUCCCUUUUCUUAACUUCUCCUUCAAGCUCCAUAAUUUGGAGCAUGCAACCAUGUUCCUCCACCUUGCCAUAUUUGCAGGGUUUACGCUUUCAGCUGAGUUUAUUAAUUCGUUUCAAAUCCUAUCUGGGGUCGUUGGAUUGCUUACGGCCUCUGUUUUCUGCCAAGAGCUUUUCCUUCUCCAUUUCCACUCCACUGACCAUGUUGGUCUUGAAGGGCAUUACCAUUGGUUAUUACAGCUCAUAGUGUUUGCUUCUGUUAUGGCAGCUUUAGCAGCAACUUGUUGCCAAACCAGUCUUCCUGCAGCACUUGUUCUGUCUAUUUCAGUUGUAUUCCAAGGUUGCUGGUUUAUGAACAUGGGAUUCAUGCUCUGGGUUCCUAAGUUUGUUCCGAAGGGCUGUGUUGUCAGUCUCAUCGAGGGUAGCAGUGAUAACAUGCUUGGAUCAUCAGUUACUUGUAGAUCAAGUGAGUCAGAAUUUAGGGCAAGGGCAUUGGCCAACUUGCAAUUUAGUUGGAUACUUUCUGGGAUUUUGAUAUUCACAGCAUGUACAUGCCUGAAGUUUGCUGGCAAAUGCAUUCCAAGAGUAUCAAUGGAGUAUGAGCAACUCCAUACUAGCAGAGGAGCAGAUGUCCCCAUAGUCAUAAAUGAUUUCAAGGAAGCUCAUCCUUAGAAAACUUAGUAAUUAAUGUGGGUAGCUCAUGUCCUUUCUACGACAAUAAUGACUCUAGACUUGUGAAUAAUGUAUCAAAACUGUGCUGGUUAUGUCUCUUUGAGCUUUAAUGAGAGAAAUAAACCUUUGAUAGUUUUCCACUA